GUCCAAUCGGCGGAAAGACCGCGACUACAGUGAAGAAAAGCCCUACUCUCUCUCAAAGUAGAACUGAAAUCCCAUAUCUUUACUUCUUGCUUCUCACUUCCCGUAAACAUACAAAAUCUCCACUCUAAACUUAUUGAUAAUUAAAAACCGCUUCAAGCUACCCGACCUUAUCGCCUGAGCCUUCAACUUCGAGAACCAUUAUUCCCAUUCAAACUUCUGAUAGAUAUACAGAAAAAAAAGAAAAUACAAUACAAUAAAAUAAAGGUGUUUGGUCUCAGUUCCUGUUUCAGUCUCUUGCUUUAUUUGCAUUUAGAUAAGAUUUGAAAGUGGGGGAAGAGGCGAUUGAGAAAGAUGGAUAGGUAUCAGAGGGUGGAGAAGCCAAAAGCAGAGAUUCCCAUAAACGAAAAUGAAAUUAGGCUAACAACACAAGGCAGAAUGAGGAAUUAUAUUACCUAUGCCACCACUCUCCUCCAAGAGAAAGGUUCCAGUGAGAUUGUUCUUAAAGCAAUGGGAAGAGCCAUUAAUAAGACUGUGAUGAUUGCAGAGCUAAUCAAGAGGAGAAUUGCUGAUCUUCAUCAGAAUACUUCAAUUGGAUCAACUGAUAUAACCGACAUGUGGGAACCACUAGAAGAAGGCCUCCUUCCUCUGGAGACUACUCGUCAUGUAUCGAUGAUCACUAUUACAUUAUCAAAGAAGGAGCUGGAUGUGUCCUCCACAGGAUAUCAACCUCCUCUUUCGACUGAUCAAGUGAAACCCUUAAAUGAAUUUGAAGAAGAUGGAGCUCCGGAGGCAACAUUAGGGACGCGAGGAAGGGGGCGAGGUGCUCGAGGAAGAUCUAUUGGUAGAGGAAUCUAUGGUGCAGUAGGGGGAUAUAAUGGUGAUGGUUGGGAUGGUGGGCGUAGUGUUGGUAGCCGAGCUCGAGGACGUGGAAGAGGUAAUUCCUUCCGGGGUCGAGGACGAGGCUAUGGUGUUGGAGGGUACUAUGACUAUGGUGAGUCUGAUGCAACGCUUGCCCAAGGACGCGGUCUUGGUCGUGCCCGGGGAAGAAGGGGGCGCGGGCGUGGGCGUGGUCUGUAUUCCAGGUCAGACUUACCAGUCCAAGCAAACGCGGCUUGAGAAGCAGAAAACAUUGUAGUCGGUGUGGUAUUUGAGUGUAAAAUGUGGAUGCCUGCUCUGCUUGUUUGUUCAUGAGUUGACGAUAUUUAAGGUAAUUUUAUGUUUGGCUCCAAAGUAGGUGAAAAAAAGGAUAGCAGCCUGCCAUGGUGGCUUGCAGUUUUGUCAUUUCUAAUUGUGGUUUAGGGAAUGCUGUGACAAAGUAUUUACGCUUUUACAUAUAACUUAGAAAAAGCUGUACAGUUUUUUACAUCCUUUUUUAAAUUCUUUUUAGGAAUAAUAGAGCAGUACAUUCGUUUGUUAUAAAA